AUGUUCGUACAGAUUCCAUUGACCAAAAUAAAAAGCAGAAAGGUCUUGCACAAAAUGGAGGUAACCCACAUCGACGAACUGCUAACCAUCGAAGAAAGACGCAAAAUAGCCAUGUUCUACCGUCAGGAGGAGGCAAAGAGAACUAAAUACAACCCGGAACCCUCAUGGAGCCUUCCACCUACCAUGCAAGCCACCCGAAGACCAUCUGCCACCGGGAUGACGUGGGAUGAUUUUAUCGCACAUUGGGAGCAAAGACCAACACCAUGUCACACCCUAACUCAACCACAGGAAGCAGCACCGACUACUGCACAUGAAGAAAAAGAACAGUCGCCCCGGUCCAGUAAUUUAAGUGAAACCGAAUCAGAGGUUAUCAUCAUGACGAUAAAGCACUUAAUCGACCGCCAUCCAGAAUCCCCGGUAGAGAUCAGAAAGAGUAUACUAAAGGUCGGAGCCUACUUGAAGGACUUUGAAAAUGUUUCCAAGACUCGCCUGCGAAGACUGAUCUACAAGGAGAAGAAUCAAAGGAUAAAGGGUAUGAAACAACAAUAUCAACCAUAA